AUGAUUUUUAACUUCAAAAAAGGAAAAGAGAAGGCGCAAGAUGGAGGGGAUGUCGGGGAUGGCGGAGGCAGCGACGCGGCUCCAAGUGAUGGAAGUCAGAACGCAAUUAUGAACGACGAGGAGUAUGAAAAUUUGUUUCAGUUGAAUGAGCCCUACGGGGCCGGUCCGAGUUGCGUCCCCACGUGCGGACCAGAGUACACACAUAGCUACAGCUACAGUCACAGUCAUACACAGAGUCAUAGCCACGCAAAUGUAAUGGAGUCCAUGUGCUUCAACGAAAUAAAGAGCAUAGAGGAGGAUGAGUUGUUUGACGAUUCGAAACACCAAGACAAGGAUGCACUUAUAACAAAAUUGAGGAGCAAGUUACAAAUUAAAAUAAAAGAUUACAAUUUGGUAAUGGACACAUUAAUAAGGACAAAGGAAGAGUGUGCACAGAAGAGUGAGGAGGUGAAGGAACUACAAAAGAGGAACAGUCAGGUGGAAAAGGAAUGUGCAAAUUUGAAGAAUGUCAUUGAAAGAAAAAAUAUUGAAAGUAAUAUUCACUUUGGAGGGAAAGCUAUAAUUUCGGAAGACGCAGCGGGAGGAUCAGGAGGACCAAUGACUUAUGCACGUUACAAAAGUGAAUACGAUGAACUAAAAAUUAAAUUAGCCAAGGUGGAAGAGAGGUAUAAAGAAAUGAAUACAAAAAAUGAAAAGCUAAUUGAAGAAUGCAACAGCAUGAUGAAGGAGAAACAUAAAUUUGAAGCAGAAUUUAACAAACAAAUGGAUUCCAUUAAAAAAGAAAAUGUCAAUUUAAAAGAAACAAAUCAACAGCUCAAAGUGGAGAGAGAACAACUACUCAACAAAUAUCUUCAAAGUGAAAAAAAUAAUUUUAAAAGCAUUAAAGAAAAUAAAAUGGAGGUAGAGUCUUUGCGCGAAUUAAUACAUAAAGAAGAGACGAUGAGGAAAAAUGCAGUGGAAAGUUUAAAUAAAGCAAAGGAAAUUUUGAGCAAGUCCUUGGCCACAUCAGAGGGUAGCAUUAAAAAGUUAUUGGAGGUAGAAAAGGAUAGGGACGAAUUGAAAGAGCAAAAUGAUCAGUUGAAAAAAAAAAUGCAGCAAUAUAAAAAAAAGGUGGAGAACCUCCAAGAGGCAUUGACACAGUUUGAAUCCAUGUACAAAAAAAUUAUACAAAAAAAUAAUCUGUUAUUUUCUGUUACUCAUGAAUUUUUAAAUGGAAAAAAUUGUAACGUGAUGAUUCUCCGAUCCACUAAUGAUAUUAAACAUGUGUGCGAGAAGAAUAAAAUUGAUUCAACCAUGUUUGAGGAUAUUAAUUGCUUCUCUGCUCUGUACACAUAUGAAGUUAUUUUUAACACUCCUCUUCCUGACUCGGACGAUUCAGGAGACGAUCAUCAGGAUGGAAAAAAACGUGAUCACGAUAAGUAUAUAAAAAUUAAAAAGAAAAAAUUUAAAAGUUUGAAUUAUUUACUUAACGAAGCACAGGUCAAAAUUAUUGCUCUUUCGAGGUCGCACGAAAAAAUGGACAAGUCGCAUGUGAAUGUAAGGAGCAACAGGAUGAAGGACGAUAUGAAUCGUUUUGUGAGAAAAAAUUAUCAACUGGACCCGCUCACCCUUCAAGGUGAAAAGGCACACAUGGAAAAUCUCCUUCAUGAAAAAUUAGAAUAUAUAAGGGAUGUAGAAAACAAAGUCAAGGAGAAGGACAUGAUGGUGCAAAAGUUGAAGGAUGCUAAUUUUAAGGUUAAGUUGGAGAAAGAAACGCUACUUAAAGUCAUAUCUUCCAUUUCGAACCUAUCCUCUUUCGUUCACGUGGAUCGUAAUAACAAAAACUGCUCCAUUGAAAGCCUCGUGGAGGCUGCUGUUAACGAUUGCGUGGGUCGACAUGUUAAGGGUGGGUGUCUCGUAGACGACUUCAGUGGGAAAACUCCUUCCAACCUGAGCAAUAAUUCGCUUCUCCAAGGUGGAGCACCUGUGGCUACCGUUGGGGGAGCUGUUAAUGAGGCGCUUAGCCUGGUUGGCCUUUGCGCGGAUGAGGAUGCUUGCAAAGCAGGCCGCGCGCGUGCGCUGGCCGAGAAGGAAGAGGCCUUCCGUCAAAUCCUGGAGAACCUCGAAAAAGCAAUUGUUAAUAUUGAAAAUAAGCAAAUGAGUUACUUUCGCCGCAGCGAUUUGCUAAGUUAUUUCGAUAAUUACGUCAUCACGUUGGAGAUAUUUGGACGCAUCGCUGAGUACAAUGAAGAAUUCCGCGUGGAGCAUUUGCUCGAGGAUUGCUCCAUUCAUCGCCCUGUCUCGCAAGGAGCCCAUGCAGAUCCCGUUGUGCUGUCCGCAGAGCUGCACAAAUGGAAGAAGAAGCAUUCAGAGGAGGAGCUGUUGCACCAUUUAGAAGAAGCCAAGUUGAUUCAAAAGUACAGGCAGUUCUAUCACCAUCACUUCAUUCACAUCAACACGAUCUUCAACACCAUCGUUAGUUAUAACCUCAUGGACAUGGAGGCAAAAUACAAACUUGUUUAUGAGCGAUACUUUAACCUCUUUAAUCUGAACUUCAGUAAUGUAGAAAUAUCCUUCGACCUCUUGUUGAACCGAUUUGAAAGGAUAAUAAGACUGGCCAAGAGGUACGAGGAUAAAGUUGUGGAGAGUGAUAAGAGGAUUAAGGAGAUGAAUGUUAAUGAAGCUAAUUUAUUCGAACGGGGGAAGAAACUUGAAUACGACAUGGAUGUGUUAGCAAAGGAAAAGGAAAAGCUUCAAAGGUUAGUAAUGGUAAAUGAGGAGGAAAUAAAACGAGUGGUUAAUAACCACGCACUUGUGCAAAACGAAUGUAAGGAAUACAAAUAUAAGCACGAUCUGCUGGUCGACAAAUAUGAACAAGUGAAAAAGGAGAAGCUUCUCAUGGAAGAGGAGCUCUCCAGUAGGGACAUGCGAAAUGUGAAACUCAGUGAACAGAAUGAAGAAAUGAUUAAGCUGUAUGAAAAGGAAAAGGCAUACCUCCACUCACUAAUACAAGAGGAAAAAGAGAAUAACCAAUUUCUAAGAGAAAAGCUCAAUUCAUUCUUUGCCCUGAAUGAACAAAUAAAAUGUGAUUACGAUAUUAGAUUGAACAAUUUGAAUGGUCUUUGGGUUGAGGAGAAGGAACACAAUAAGAAAAACGUAUCUGACAUUAAUAAUCUGAAGAUGGAAAAUUUGAAUUUAGUGCAAAGGAUUAAAGAAUUGGAGAGUAAAGGUUCUCUCAUGAAGAAGGAGCUCAACGAACGUGUGAAGCAGGUGAAUGUGUUGAGGCACUGCAUGGCUGUUUCAUCAUCUGUAACGGGAGGAAAGGAAGGGCAAGAAGGGGAAGAUCAGAAGGACGAUAUGGAGGAAGAGGAGGAGGAGGAAGGAACAAGCGUUGCAGUUACCGCUAUCCCACCGGUUAACAUAACAAUGGGGUCGUCACAUCUUCCUUUACCACCCCAAGGAGGAAACAAUUAUUAUCACCAGUCCAUUAUCGACGAGAUAGAGUACAAAACGGAAAAGGAAGUAAAAAUUAAAAAGUUACAAGAGAGUAAAGCUGAUUUGGAAAGAGAAAUUAUGCAACUCAAAGGAGAAAAAGAAAUUCUCAUGGGAGUGAUUGAGACGUGGAGGAAUUUCAGUGCAUGCAGCAAGGAUGAAAUAAAAAGGCUAAAGAAAAUGUGCAGUGAGCAGGUGGAAAAGCAUAAAGAAUUUCUCUUAUUAAGUCAAUUGAAUGAGGAGAAAUUAAGUAAAAUAAAUGAUAUGCUAGGAGUAGAACAAUCGAAGCAUGUGAAGGAGUUGGAUGAAACAAAGGACAAGCUGAAUGAUCAGAUUGAACAGUUGCAAAAUAAUGUAGCGGAGAAGGAAAUGGAAAUUAAGAAAUUGAAAUGGGAUUAUGAACAGCUGCAAAUUAGAAUAGACGUGUUAGAAAAUGAAAAAAAAAAUCAUCUGGGUAUGAAACAAAAGGAGGAAGAAUAUAUAACACUGCUGAAAAAGGAUAAGGACAAUUUGCAGAAGGAACUGAAUGGACUUGUUCAAAAAUAUCAAUCUGAGGUGGAACAAAAUAAAAUCUUAAUCAACGAGAGAGAGGUCAUAGUCAAUUCACACAAGGAAGAAAUAAAUAAUUUGAAAGACCUAUUGGAAAAUUUAAAAAACGACAACUCCCAAUUGAAUGAUAUGUUUAAAAGAAGAGUCAACCUAAACGGAAAUCAAAUGCUUAAGACAAGGUUAGAACAGUUGAUUGGUGUAAAUAAAGACCUGCAGGAAGAACUCCAUGAGAAUUGUACCCUACGGGAUAAGGUAAAUUUUGAAAAUGCUGAAUUGAAGCAAAAGUUACAAAUUGAAAAGGGGAAACUACUCCAGCAGCAAAAGUACAUCGCCGAAUUGCAGACAAACCUAAGUGAUAAAAACAGCCUAGGGAAUUUGAAUGACGAAUUUAUUUUAAGUCUUAAAGCAAAUCUGCAAAAGAGUAGGGUAGAAUUGCAUAACCUAGAGAAGGAAAUCGAGAAGGUACAAAUGAAUGAAGAAAAAUACACAGUGAAGAUAAAAUUGCUGGAAGCUCAAUUGUUAAGGAAGGAGUCGGACAAAAGGAAAAUGGAGCAGCAGUUGGAGAAACAGAGCAGUGAGCAUGCAAUCCAUUUUAACAAAAUGAAAACCGAUUUAGAUGUAAUUAAUGAACAAAACAGAGUCCUUCUACUUGCUAAAGAGGAACAUGAAAGGAAAAUUGAAGAAUUGGAGAAGGAAAAUAAAUUUUUCCAGUCCACCAAAAACAACGACACGGUCAUUGUAGAAAAUGAGAAGCUACAAAGUCAAGUGACGCAGCACCUCGCCAUGAUCAAUGCAAAGGAGAAGCAGAUCAUUGGACUUAACUUCCAGAUUAAAAAACUCACUAAUGAGAAUGCUGAAAUGAGGGCGCGCGUGUGUGUUUCGCAGGUGGGUGGUGAUGUAGCAGAGGAAGCGGCCGUGGGAGAAACAAACAACUCCAACGUAUCGCUCGAAAUACACAAAUAUAUUAGCGAAAAUAUAGACCUGACAGCGGAACUGGAGAAUAGGAAUGACGUGAUUGAACAGUGUAAAGAGGAGGCCAGGCAGAAGGAUAAGGAAAUUAAAAAGCUGCAAGACGAUAUCGCUACUCUAUCGGGUAGUAUAACAAAAUUGAAAGAAUCCCUAAUCAUUAUGGAGCAGUACAAGGAUAACAUGAAUAAACACAUAAAGGAGAAGGACGAGUUGAUUGGUGACCUCAUGAAAAAGUACAAUAAGAAAAUAAAUUAUGCGUGUCAGGGGUAUAGCGAUAGUAGUGUGAAGAACAAUAGCUUCACUGCCUUGGAAAAUGCUAUGAACGCAUCAUCGGAAGAGAUUCUCAGCACGCUGAAGAAAUUUUCAGGUAAUGAAACAGGAGUUGCUGGACCAUCCACGCAUAAUGGAGGACAACCCGUUUCAAAUGGAAGUGAACACAUCGUCAUAAUCAAGUGUAAUAUACUAAAACUAUUUAAGUUAGGAUCUUGCUACCUGUACAUAAUAAAUCGCAAUUUAAAAGAAAUUCAAAUUUUGAAAAAUCAAGUGAGUUCUCUCAAGCAGAGUAUACAAACACAGAAUGAGUUUAUUGAAAGUCUUAAGACAAAAAAUAAAAAAAAUGAAGUCAUUCAAGUCAAUAACCUAGACCAAAUUGCACAGCUAAAGGAUAAUAUACAGACCAACGAAAGCUCCAUUAAAAAUUUGAAAACAAAUUUAAAGAACACAGAAGAGAUUAACAAAUUACAUGCAGUAAAUCUGGGAAGGUACAAAAGCUUCAUUGGUCAUCUAAUCCAACAUAACAUUGUCAUUUGUGAUAUUUUUAAAGUUGUGAAUUCGAGGAAGAGGGUGGAAGCUUCCAUACUAAAUCAACUCAGUAGUUUGAAAAAAGUGUUCCAUUUGUUUAUGUACGACUCUAUUAUGGACGAGCUGCAGGGCAGUGCGGGUUGUGAUGACUCCGCCAUGGGUAAACAGGAGGGCAAGUGGACAAACGUGAACUACGAAAUUGUGGAGGAAGUCUUUCAGCAUGUUCAGAAAUUUGCUCAUAAUUUUAAUUCCAUGAUAGAAAAUGGGACGGGCGAUUUUGUGAGUUUCCGCGAGGAGGCAGAUCCCGACGGGGGAAGUGGCGACUUUGCCAAUAGUCACUUCACCAAUCGUGCAUUCAAUCUCGAUGCGAGUGAAUCGUUGACUGAAGGCCAACCAUGCCAUGAACGCGUGUUCCCUUCCACUAGUGAAGGAAUCGCAAAUGUACAUUCGGAACAGAGUCACAACUUUGUGCAGGGUCCAAAUGAGGAACAACACCCCACCAAUGAAGCUCCCCAAGCAGGAACUACAGAUAGCAUAAAUGUGGUAAAAGUGGAUGCAGUGAGGGGUGGUGAGGAGCAAGCAGAGGGUAAAGAGGCAGGCACUGGGGGAUACCUAUCGCAAUCACGCGAGAAUGUCGAGCCUCCACAAAGGGGUGCCGUCAUCCCAUCAGAUGAACAAGACGCAAGUCAAGCAACGAACAACGAAACGUUGGAACGAUAUGAGGAAAAUGUAUUGGAGGAUGACCACCAGGGGGAAGGAGAGGCGGCAUGCACGUCGGGAAAUGUCACAGGCUUCAUUCGAGGCAUCUUCCGAGGUAUGAUUCGCGAAGAGGACGAGGGAAAUCAAACUUCGCAGGAGCCAAGUGAAGCGUCCUCCAGUCCUCCAAGUGAGGACGACGCAAGAUCAUCUCACCCCAGCGAAAAUGGAUUAGAUGUAAAUAUUGAAGAAGGACACCCUGGAGUUGUUACCUCUGCUUUGGAAAAUGCAGCGGACGACAAUUCGGUGUCUUGCGCGGAAGCCAACACUAAUGAUCGCGAUGACACAGUUCAGUCGUCUCGUGAAGGGGAUAAAGAAGAAAUGGACGAUGGAGGGGAGACCGGCGCGGAGUUCUGCGUGGACCAAAUGGAUCCCUCUCACGUUGUAGGCGGUGUGGAAGGAGAGCAGGACAUAUCGCAUAGCGACGCGCAUAACGCGGCGCAUGAGGAGGAGGAAGCUGCAGAGGGGUACACUCCCACGGGGCCGUUAUUCAACAUGCGAGAAGAAAUAAACCCUCAUGAGGAGGAGAGCGAAAUGGAAAGCACGAGGGGAUAUGAACAGGAGGAACCGCAAAGUAACGAAAUGCAUAACGACGAACGUCUGUCUGAUCAGCGGCCGCCUGACCAGCUGCCGCCUGACCAGUUGUCACCUGACCAGUUGUCGCCCGACCAGCUUCCAAGCGAGCAAGGGGAUUUGCCACCAUGGACUCCCCUGACAACGCACGCGAUGAAGGACCUCGACGCACCCAGCGAUCGCGUGGUGAGUCCGUUUAGGUCCAAUGUGUCGGAGGACAACUACGACACGGGGGAGGAAAAAGGAAUCAAAAAAAGAAAAUACAGCUCCGAUUCAGAAAUGGUGAACGUGAAUUGUCCUACGUCUACGAGGCAUUUGAAGAAGCCAAAAAAUACGACGGAAGGUGGUGUGCCCACUGUGAACAGUGAGCAGGAGGAGCAGCACGAGGCGCAGCAGGACGAGCAAGCGGAACAACCGCAACGCAGUGACCUGGAGGGCAGCUGCAUGGGAGAUGGUGACAGUUACCCCUACGAUGAUGAAGGCAGCAGGGAGGAUAACCUCAACGCUGAAUUGUACACCCAUGAAAGGGAAGAAAACAGAUUGUUGGAGUCGGUGCAAGGAGUGGGUGGUCACGAAGGGGAGCUACACAAUUCUAGAAGCCCCUGCGAUGAUGCCGACCACAAUCUCCUUCACAGCAAUCAGUAUCAUGAAGAAGAAAAUAAUGAAAUGGAGAGCAACAGAAGUUGUUAUGUAAUUUCUUCAGACGAGGACGGUGAGAGGGAUGACGAUAAUGGAAGGAGGGAACUCGCGGGGUUACGCCAGCAGGUCCUUGAAGAGGAGGAAGAAGACGACGGCGACAACGAUGAGGAGGAGGAGGAGGAUGAACAGGACGAUGAUGAGGACGAUGAAAUGCGUGAAUACGAAAAUGAAGAUUACGAACAGGAUGAAGAGGGGGAAGAGGAAGAUGACGAGGACGACGACGAGGAUGGUGAUGAUGAUGGCCAAGACGCAAAUGAACACUUCAAGCCGUAUGAACAGUACGACGACGAGGACGACUAUGACCACUACGAUGGCGAUAACUCCAAGGAUGAUAUGGGUCACGAGGACGAUAUGAGUGAAGCAGACGAUAUGGGUGAAGAGGACGACAUGGGGGAGGAGGAAGAGUAUGCCCAGUACGAUGAGUACAGCGGGAGGGAUCCCGAAGGAGAAGAAGGGGAAGAGGAGGAUGGACAAGGUGCAGGAAGAGCGCUGUCUGAAAAUGAACCCCUCGAUAGCUCCAACGAAAACGCUGAUAGUGCAACAAACAGCCCUUAUCAUGAGCGGGGUGAAAGUUCGAAUGACGAGCAUCCCCACAGUGACUUUUCGAGGUCUACACAUUCCGAUGGGGACAAUGAAACGGAGGAAGAGCACCCCGCUCUGAUGAACCCUUCAAAUGCAAACCUAGCACAGAAUGAUCUGUCGUAUGAGGAGAAUGCAGAUCAAGGGGGGGCCAUUAGCAUAGCGUCUUCUCAUGAAAACAAUGAACACGUGUUUGACAAACAGGGGGUGGAAAGAGAAGGGGUGGGUGCGGAUGGCGACCCUGAAGAUGGCCACGCCGAGAAUGGCGAUGCCGAUGAAGGCGAUGCCGAUGAAGGCGAAGCCGAUGAAGGCGAAGCCGAGGAUGCAGAGCAGGACGCCCAAGAGGACUAG